AUGGAAUCUGUUGCUGAGUUUAGACUACGUAAUGGCCAAGAAUCGAAGCCGUUGCUGAGUUUAGGAGUGGCACUCUACCACAUAGCCGAAUGGCCAAGAAUCGAAGCCGUUGCUGAGUUUAGACUUUGGCCAAGAAUCGAAGCCGUUGCUGAGUUUAGACUACGUUCCGGACACGAUUGCUUGGCAAAAUCUCACAAAUUGGGAUUAUACACUCAACCCACAUGCCCUCCAUGUAACCCAGAUUGGGAACAUGGGAUGUCCCUUUGUGACGUUGGUGGAUAUAUAGUUUACUCAACCUGUACCCUUUCGGUGGCUCAAAAUCAGGGGGUCAUUGAAUCCUGCUUGUCAACCCCGAAUUCAACCGACAAUAGCAGCAGCAGCAGCAGCAGCAGCGAAGGUGCCUCCUUCGCUGUGGUUGAUCCAACUGAAUUUAUCAAUCAUUGUGCGACUCAAUUGAAUCCCUCUCUGGGUGUUAGUAUUGUGCCUGCACCUCGUCGGGAUAGUGGUACGCCUCUUGGGGCUUUGGUUAUUCCUCGGCUUGCAGCAAACUAUGGGCCCACCUUCAUGUUUACUGUGCAGGUGAUCCGAUUGAUGCUUCUGCUGGCUAGCUUGAAUGUCAGCAGGGCCAAAUCUUGGGGUCGCGAGUGCUAG